GAACCAUGAAGCGUUAGUCAACAGCAGCACAACAUUUGUCACAGCCACCUGAUGAUAUUAGCUCGUUCGCGGUUUUCAGCUCAGCCCUAGAGGAGUCGCUUUCGUGCAGAAAGUAGAAAGUCGUCUGCUGCCCUCAGAGCGUCCAUGCGGACACGACAACGUUUUCUGCCACGUUUUUUUUUUUGUUUUUUUUUUAAACAUAACGGAGUUGCAUCGGUACUGUUUUGGCCCCCCUCCCCUUCCUCCUAAGUCGGCUGCUGUCAGGACGGCGGGACUCGUGUCUACGGUUCGUUUUCUCAACUCUGGUUUUUUGGGGCGGUAGUUUGCAGAUACCAGAAUGCUGCCCCAGCUCCUCACCCUGGCCUGUGGUCUCGGCUGCUUCGGCUUUGCCUCCGUCACCGCCAACGUACUACAAGCCGAGGGUUGGCUGCAGAAGUAUGGCUACCUGCCUCCAGGUGAUGUGAGAGCCCAAGCCAUCCGUUCCCCAAAGUCCAUCGAAACAGCGAUAGCAGCCAUGCAGAGGUUUUAUGGUUUGACUGUCACCGGCUCCAUAGACUCCAACACGUUAGAGGCGAUGAACCGGCCGCGGUGUGGUGUCCCCGACAAGUUCGGCCCGGAGCUGAAGACUAACCUGAGGAGGAAGAGAUACGCCGUGCAGGGUCUGUCGUGGGACAAGCCUGAGGUGACCUUCAGCAUACAGAACUACACCCCUAAGAUUGGGGAACAAGCCACGUAUGAAGCCAUUCGAAAGGCCUUCAAGGUGUGGGAGAGCGUGAUCCCGCUCACCUUCAGAGAGAUCCCCUACAGCCAUAUCAGAGGCAAGGUCCACAAGUACGCAGACAUCAUGCUCUACUUCGCGGAGGGUUUCCACGGGGACAGCACGCCGUUCGACGGCGAAGGAGGCUUCCUGGCUCAUGCUUACUUCCCUGGACACGGCAUCGGGGGAGACACGCACUUUGACCUCGCCGAGCCCUGGACCACCGGGACCGCCGACCAGGAAGGUAAUGAUGUUUUCCUGGUAGCCGUCCACGAGCUGGGUCACGCUCUGGGUCUGGAGCACUCCAACGAUCCCUCUGCCAUCAUGGCCCCCUUCUACCAGUGGUUUGACGUCGAAAACUUUCAGCUCCCUGACGACGACCUCAGAGGCAUCCAGGCCAUCUAUGGCACCAAGUCUGGGGCUCCCCCUCCUCCUCCUCGACCCACGAGGCCGUCCAACCCCGAAAGGCCAGAUCAUGCCCCAGACAUCUGUGACGGACACUUUGACACCAUCGCUGUCCUCAGAGGGGAAAAGUUUGUAUUUAAGGACAAGUGGUUCUGGCGUGUGCGUAACAACAAGGUGUUGCAAGGUUACCCGAUGCCCAUUGGUCACUUCUGGAAGGGCCUGCCCUCAAACAUCAACGCCGCCUACGAGAGGGGUGAUGGGAAGUUUGUCUUCUUCAAGGGUGACAGGUACUGGGUUUUCAGCGAGUCCAGCAUGGAGAAAGAUUCCCCCAAGAGCCUGAAAGACCUGGGUACCGGUCUACCCAAAGACAAGCUUGAUGCCGCUCUUUUCUACACGCCAACGGGACAGACGUACUUCUUCCGAGGCACUAAGUACUACCGCUUCAACGAGCAGACUCGCACCGUGGACAGUGGCUAUCCAAAGCCCAUCAGCAUGUGGAGCGGAGCACCUGACAACGUCAAAGCUGCCAUCAUGAGUGAAGACGGAUCUUACACGUAUUUCUACAAAGCCAACAAGUACUGGAAGUUCAACAACCAGUACAUGAAGGUGGAGUCCGGUUACCCUAAGUCCGUGCUCAUUGACUGGAUCGGCUGCGAAAGCGAGGAGCCCAAGAAGGGUCGGGAAGAGGAGGUUCUCAUCAUCGAGGUGGACGAAUCACAGAGCGGGGCCGGGCCAGUGGCCGUGGUGAUCCCUCUCCUGCUACUGGUGCUGGUGGUUGUCACUCUGGGAGCGCUUUUGUUCUUCAGGAAGUACGGCACGCCUCGACGCCUCCUCUACUGCCAGAGAUCCCUCCUGGACAAGGUGUAGACAAAGGGGCGACAGGUGACUGACAGACUGCCACAGAGAGACAGAAAGAGAGGGGGAGAGAGAACGAGGGCCCGGGGGAAGAUGGAAACUGAGAGGGGGAGAGAGCAACUGGAGGAAAAAGACAGAAGAAAUGGGGGAUAGAAAGGGGACGAUGUGUUAAGUUUUGGGUGGUUUGUAUGUGCCACAAAAGAGGAAAAAAAAAAAAGAGAAAGGCCCUAGAAACUGAAAUCAGGAAAAUGUGUAUUUGUAUGUUAACUAUUUA